GCUGUUGCGGACGGCGGUUACGUCCAGCCGUCGACUGCAGCGGAGGAGUUUGCCGCCGCGGACUACUUCUUGGGUGAUCUCGACGACGGUUACGCUGAGCCGGCGACUCCAGGGAAGGAUCUCGUCCUCGACGACUACUUCUUCGGCGAUCUCGUCUCGUACGACUACUUAUACGAUCCUGCUGUUGCGAGCGAUGGCUGCGUCGAGCCCGCGGCCGUUGCCAGCGUGGACGAUGCUGCAUCAUCGGCGACGGAGGAGGAGGAUGCUGGCGAGUACUACGACGACGACGAAGCGACCUCGAGGAAGCGCGCAAGGUAUGAAUGAAUUGAAUCGAGUUUUCAUUCAUUCAUUCUGUGCUAAUUGCAAGUUUAGAUCUUUUAUCUUCCUGGGCCCUGGUAAUCGGCAGAAAUGGAACAAACAACCUGUACAUAAUUGGCAGUUAGUAUUAGCUAGGUGAAGAAAUUUCGUUUCACGAAAAAAUUGAUGUAGAAAUUAACUCGAAUAUUGCACUAUUAUUACUACUUGCAGUUUGAUCUUUCUUUUUCUGAAAGUGCUUGAUCAUCUUUGUCAUGUGCGCUGCGUAUAUUGCACUAUUAUUACUUGCAGUUUACUCUGU